AUGACCGCAAAAGUUGAAAAUAAUCUAAACUAUUCGACAAUUAUAACAUACCAAAUCGAUUUCCUGUCAUCUGGUUCCGUAAUGAAUUUACAACCACGAUACAAACAAUAUCUGAACACUACUGAUGGAGACAUGAAUUUUGAAAUUAUGCAUUUAUUUUACGGUGGAUCUAUUAUAACUAGCUGGACUUAUAAAUGUUAUCUGUCUAAAUAUGUGGACGGUUAUACCAAUACAGAUAAUACUAUGGAUUGUGUACCUAGAAAUUUGACCGGAUAUAUUAUUCCACCUGAUGGCAAUGAACAACAUUGGGAUUUAAAUCUGAUCCCUACGUUUUCAAGUGCUACUAUUCCUACAACUUCUGAUAGAUUACAUUUAACAAAUCGAAUGCAAUAUGAUCCAUCAACAUUACCUUAUCAAUAUUUGUUGCAAAUUGAAAUUUUAGCACCUAAUAAUAAUUAUCAAACACCUGUUUAUCAAAUAAUCAAAGACUUGGAUACAUUAAUAAAAGAAAAAGACACUUCGAUAAUAUCUAUGAAUAAUCAUACAAAAUAUUUAGAUUCUUCAUAUGGG